AUGCCGGAGCCCGGGCCAGACGCCCCCGGCACCGCUAGCGCGCAGCCCCCGCCGCCGCCGCCCCCGCCUCCCGCGACCAAGGAGUCCCCGUUCUCCAUCAAGAACCUGCUCAACGGAGACCACCACCGGCCGCCCCCUAAGCCGCAGCCGCCCCCACGGACGCUCUUCGCUCCGGCCUCGGCCGCCGCAGCCGCCGCGGCCGCUGCCGCCGCUGCAGCCAAGGGGGCCCUGGAGGGCGCCGCGGGCUUCGCGCUCUCGCAGGUGGGCGACCUGGCUUUCCCCCGCUUUGAGAUCCCGGCGCAGAGGUUUGCCCUGCCCGCGCACUACCUGGAGCGCUCCCCAGCCUGGUGGUACCCCUACACUCUGACCCCCGCUGGCGGCCACCUCCCGCGACCUGAAGCCUCGGAGAAGGCCCUGCUGCGAGACUCCUCCCCCGCCUCGGGCACCGAUCGCGACUCUCCCGAUCCGCUGCUUAAGGCCGACCCCGACCACAAGGAGCUGGACUCCAAGAGCCCGGACGAGAUCAUUCUGGAGGAGAGCGACUCGGAGGAAGGCAAGAAGGAGGGGGAGGCUGCGCCGGGCGCGGCCGGGGCGACCGUGGGGGCGGCGGCGGCGACGCCGGGCGCCGAGGACUGGAAGAAGGGCGCCGAGAGCCCGGAGAAGAAGCCCGCGUGCCGCAAGAAGAAGACGCGCACGGUCUUCUCGCGCAGCCAGGUCUUCCAGCUCGAGUCCACCUUCGACAUGAAGCGCUACCUGAGCAGCUCGGAGCGCGCCGGCCUGGCAGCGUCGCUGCACCUCACCGAGACGCAGGUCAAGAUCUGGUUCCAGAACCGCCGCAACAAGUGGAAGCGGCAGCUGGCCGCCGAGCUCGAGGCGGCCAACCUGAGCCACGCCGCGGCGCAGCGCAUCGUGCGGGUGCCCAUCCUCUACCACGAGAACUCGGCGGCCGAGGGCUCGGCAGCCGCGGCCGCGGGAGCCCCGGUGCCCGUCAGCCAACCGCUGCUCACCUUCCCGCACCCCGUGUACUACUCGCACCCGGUGGUCUCGUCCGUGCCGCUGCUCCGGCCCGUCUGA